AUUUCUAGGAUAUUCUCAACAUGGCAUCCUUAAAGUUUUAAACUUUCCUUUCCACUUUUCAAAAGGGUCUUUCUCUCAACCUCAAUAACCUUGUUUGGCUUUUUCAUUUCAGAAAAGUUCUUGGUUUUACUCAUGGAGAUUGAGCCCAGAAAAGAGACCCUUUCUCAAGUUAACAGAUUUCAAGUGGAUGAAAUGCAUGACAUUAGCAUUAUUGAAUGGAGCAAGAAAAGAAAAUUGCAGGGUUUUCAGUUGGAUUUGCUUAGGCCAAAACAUAAAUGCUGGGUUGAGAGUGUUUCUUCUGAAGAUGAAUCGAUGAUCGAUGAUAAUCUGAUUUUAGAGAGUGCAAACAAUGACGCGGUUAAUGGUAGAAUGGAUGCUGCGGAUGUUGACGGUAGAUCUGAACCCGAAUCAGCUAAAGGCAGCAAUAGUUUUAUGGAAGACACUGAUACUUCCAUGUCUGUAAAUGAAGAAGCCAAACUUGAAGCAGAUUGUGUUAAUAGGCUGAACUACAGUGAAGAUGAAACAUUUAUCGAUGGCAAAUACAAUCCGUCCUAUGAUGAUCCUGAUAAUCAACCAAUGGAGAAUUCUGAGGAGCAUCUUCCAGGAUAUUCAGACAUUGUUAAGGACGGCAAUGAUGAUCCAUCUGUAGAUAAGGAAUUUGAAGAUUUUCUUUUCUCUAAUGGCGUGAAUCCUGACAAGUAUGUUCUUUCAUCCAAAGUAUUGUUACUGAACCAAGAAGCUGAAUCAAGCGCAAGACCGCCUCCGCCGACAAUCGAUCAGGAGUUUGAGGAGUACUUUUCCGCACUUAUGAUCUAGUAAAAGUUAUAAAGGAUUAGUAGAUCCAUCUUUAGUUCUGACCAGUGUUGUUAGUCGGUGUUCACAGAAAAUAGCGGUUUCUUCAAAGUCUGAUAUGCUCUAGUCGUCUAGUGCUAUGGCCACUAUUUGUAAAUACUGAUUCUGAUAAUUGAUGUUGUAUAUAUUACUUUCUUUGAUGAUGAUGAUGAUGAUUUGGUUACUAGAUCGUGAUACAAGCUGAAGUGUCUCGAAGUCUGAUACGACCAGAACGUUGUAGCAUUCUACCUACAACAUAUAAAGCCGCGGCAUCUGGGAGUCUGUUACAGUUAGUUACAAGCUGUUGCAUUCUAUUGCAAACAGUUAGUGGUCAUAACUAUUUUAACAGAAUUCGGUGAUUUUACUCUCAGUUGCAGUUAGUAUAUGUAUAUCUCUAUGUGAGGAAUGUGAAGUAAUCUUAGAAAUUCUAAGGAUAAGGUAUUUCAUGUAAACUCUCUAUUGUAAAUAGAUAACUAGAGAGAUUGAGAGGGUAAUAGUUAGUGUUAUCUUCUUUCUUCUCUCUUCUUUAUUUACUAUAAA